AUGCUACCUGCUAUUCGAUUUCCUGAUGACCAAGUUUGGUAUCAAAGAAAGUCACAAUGCAUUUCUCGACAGGCAGCUUACUUCUAUACCUGUUCGCUUCAGCAUCAUGUACAGCAGCGUCCCCUCUGUACAUUCAGCAUCCCCAAAGAACAGCACUCAGCACAAAUACCUGGAAACCAUCAGCAUCCCCAAAGAACAGCACUCAGCACAAAUACCUGGAAACCAUCAGCAUUCACAAACCCAACUACCGACAGGGUCACAACACCACAUGUCCUUGAGCUGACCAAGAUCAACAACAAAGGCAACGCCCGCAGCGCAGUCGAGCUCAACAGCCAGGUUAGGACUGGAUCCGCAAAUCUAGUCUCCGUCGCCGAAGGAGGAGGGUUUGCAACAUCAAUCACAAUCGGCAACCAGACAUUCGAGGUGGUCAUCGACACAGGGUCCAGCGAUUUAUGGGUCGUGCGAGAUGGCUUCACAUGCAUCAAUCCUGGAAGGAGGCGGGAGGUCGCGCAGUCAGAAUGCGAAUUCGGACCGGCAUACUCGCCUAAUACCACAUUUCGUGAAAUUGGCGGCGAGUUUUUGGAUAUCAAGUACGCAGACGGGGAGGUCCUCUCCGGCGUCAUUGGGACCGAGAAUGUAACAUUGGCCGGCAUUACGGUCAACCAGACUAUCGGUGUGGUCGAUUAUGCGGGUUGGUACGGCGACGGUGCCACGUCGGGGUUGAUGGGUCUUGCGUAUUCUUCUCUCGCAAACGCCUACACAACCGAUUACACGCAACCAAGUCUCUACAACCCCGUUUUCGCAACCAUGUACGAACAGGGUCUCAUUGAUCCCGUCUUCAGCAUGGUGAUGAACCGUAACGCAUCUAAUGGAACGGCAGCCGGGUAUCUGACACUUGGUGGAUUGCCGCCCAUCGACAUCAAGGGGAAUUUCAGUACCACGCCUAUCCUGAUCACGAACAUAAAAGGUUAUCCGAGGGCUUAUGACUUUUACACUGUCAAUAUUGAUGGAGCAACGGUAGGCAACAGUAGUUUGCCAGAGGCUGGUGGCGACAUUCAGUAUCUUGUCGACUCAGGAACGACAAUGAACUACUACCCAAACUCGAUAGCGGACGCUAUUAACGCGGCGUUCAUUCCCCCGGCGGUCUACAAUGCUUCCGAGGGGGCGUAUGUCGUGGAUUGUAACGCGAAAGCGCCAGUUCAUGGUGUCACGAUUGGGGGCUCGACAUUCUACAUCAAUUCGACGGAUAUGAUAUUGCCAGGCGGGACGGAUAACUCGGGAAACAAAACCUGCAUUAGUGGGAUCAAUGCUGGAGGAGAUGUCGGGCAGGGUAUAUUUGUCCUGGGAGGUACGUUUUUGAGGAAUGUGGUGGCAGUGUUUGAUGUCGGGGCUGCAGAGAUGCGGUUUGCGGCGAGUGCAUAG